AUGAUAAAAAAAUUCAUUUUUAAUUGCCAUCUCAAUCGAUUCUAAUUCAGCAAUACUUUAAACAAUAUAAGCAAAACCUUAUACUUGAUAAAUUAAAGAUUAGGUGAAUUAAAUACUGAAUAUGAAACGUAUUAAGAUCAAACAAUUAAAGGAGACAUGAACGAAAUCAAAAGAAGAAGAAUGAAUGAACUACAACCUAAAAUACACAUCUAUAAAUAAAUCUAAGCAAGUGUGUCUGUUAUUGAAGAUGCCAAAUAAUUAAUUGGUAUGGGAGGUUCCUCUGAUGAAAUAUCAAUGUUAAAUGAAGAAAUUUAAUCUUAAAUUGAAUAUUUAAAGAAAUAUUAAGAUGAUGCUCUAUCAUAAUUAAUUGAAGAAGAUGAGUACGAUCACAUUAGAUAACUCAAUGUUGAAGUGAGAGCAGGUGUUGGAGGCAGUGAAGGUUCAUUAUUUGCUGAAGAUAUAAUUGGAAUGAUCUAGAAUUAUGCUAGUCUCUAAAAUUGGGAUUGCAGAGUAAUAUCAAUACAAAAAGACAACCAAAUUGGUAAAGGUUGUAAAACAGGUAUUCUAUAAAUCAAUGGUGAGAAUGUUUAUUAACACUUAAAGUGUGAAUCUGGAGUACACAAAGUUAUUAGAGUUCCAGAAACAGAAGCUAAGGGAAGAUUGCAUUCAAGCACAGCCUCCAUGAUUGUACUUCCAAAAGUAACUGAUAGCUUUCAUUUAAGUGACAAAGAUUUGAGAUAUGAAUAUAUGAGAGCAAGUGGACCAGGUGGUCAACAUGUUAAUAAAACUGAAAGUGCUUGUAGAAUUACCCAUGUUCCCACUGGAAUUCAAGUUGUAAAUAUGGAAGACAGAAGUUAAGAGAGAAAUAAACAAAGAGCAUAUCAGAUUUUAAGGGAUAAAUUAUUUGCAAUUCAUGUGUAAGAGAAAUAGGAAAGAAUGGCUCAAACUAGGAAAAGUUAAGUUACUGGGUCUGAUAGAAGCGAUAAGAUUAGAACCUACAAUUUUCCUUAAGAACGAAUUACUGAUCAUAGAACUAAUUUAACUUUGUAUGGCAUGGAAAAAAUGUUAUCUGGGGAAUUGUUAGGCGAAUUCAUCUAGAAGUAUUAGGAGAAAAUUCAUAAUGCCAAAUUACAAGAUUUAUUAGAUGAAUUAUAAAAUGAAAAUAAGAAAUGAUAAUUUUAUGUGCGUAUUUAUAAUAAUAUUAUUUAUCUACUAUCAUCA